AUGUCUACGCAGGAUACACCCCAAUCGAAAUCCAAGCGAAGGCUGCUCCGUCAAUCCGACGCCGUCUUAUCCACGCGUGAUACUCCUCCAAGAGACCAAGACCUCUGGUGCCUCGCCGGCACCAACACCUUCGUGAUCCCCCGGCUCUUCGCCAAAGCCCAGGUUCCGGAUUCUGCCCAAGUCAUAGCUGAAGGCACCAACAGCACCAUCGCUGAGACCAUCGACCAGACUCAAGACCACAUUGACCACUACAAAGACGGGGUCAUAAACUAUGGCUAUGAUUCGGGGUGGCGGGUUCACGGCGAUAAUUUCGUGUACUUGGAAGUGACGCAUGCGAAGAAGAAUCAGGUGACGUAUGGGGUACUCAAUAGUGCGAUCAAGGCGCUGAGGGAUUAUAUGUCACAGCCUGGGAAGUGGUUUGGGCAGUGUGGGUUUGAUAUUUGGGAUGGGCCGAACCAGGUGGGGGAGGGGUAUAUUCGGUCCUAUGGUUUUUGA